AUGUAUCUCUUACAUUUCAUCGUGGGUGAUCUCUACUGUGAUAUUCCCUUGGGUCUAUACAUAAUCCGUGAAAAGAAUGUUGUCAUGAUUGGUGAAUUGGACGUUGAAAAGGAAGAGCUUCCUGCUCAAAUGGUUCAAGUUUCAGAAACAGAGAUCAAAAGGGCUCAGAAUGCAGAGAAGGAAGAAAUGCUUUUAACGGGUACGAAGCAGAAAAGAAUGGAGUUUCUUGAUCUCGAUUAUGAGGAGUUUUUGGAGUCUUUUCAUGAAGUUUCAGGUGACUUAGAGACCUUAUCAGAGGAUUGGAGUGUUUAG